GCUCGCAGAGGCAGCUGGCUGCUGCGCGCGGUCCAGGCGCGGCCAGGGGAGCGCUAGUCAGCCGGGGAUGGGGCCCAGGAAGGCCGCACCUGCCGCCCGCUGCACCUGGGGUCGCGCGGCAUGUCCUGCCCGGCGCUGCGGGGCGACCGCGUCACUCCGCUCCAGCCUCCUCUUCAGCAGAGCGAAGGCCCCGGAUACUGCCGUGGAGGCAGCCCAGCCACGGGGGCACCAUGCUGCUUUUCCCCUGGAUGGGUGUAGACCCACCUCGGGUCCUUGUGCACGUGGGCGGCGGAAGAGAAGUUGCCGGAGUGGUGCCGGGACCAAGUCCCGAAGACUGGCAGUGCGUGAGGCUGUGCGCAGAGUGGGUGCCCGGCUCCGGGGACGCACUCAGGCACCAGUUCAGAACAGGCUCGCGUUUUACGUGCCCUUGAGGAGUUCGUUUUAGAACGGCGAAUCCGCACUGCAGACAGCUCCCAGUUGGCAUGUCUCAGCACCCUGGCGGUGAUGCCAGGUUGGACGUGCACCCAGACGGUCCUGAACUGGGGUCCUGAACAGCUUGUACCUUUGGUUUGGGAGACCAGCAAACUGCAACCCCGCCUGCGCGCACCCCUAAGCGUCCUGCUCCUCCUGCUCCCCCAGCUCCCCGUGCAGGGUUCCCGGCUGUGCCUGUACGAGGACGGCACCGAGGUGACCGAAGACUACUUUCCGGGCAUCCCCGACGACGCCGAGCUCGUGCUGCUCACCGAGGGCCAGACAUGGCAGGGCUAUGUGAGUGACAUCCGGCGCUUCCUGAGCGUGUUUCACGAGCCACAUGCCAGAGUCAUCGAAGCUGCACGGCAGCUGCUUUCGGACGAGAGGGCCCCACUGAGGCAGAAGCUGCUGGUUGACCUCCUGCACACCGUUAGCCAGAACAUUGCAGCCGAGACCCGGGCCCAGGACCCACCUUGGUUUGAAGGCUUGGAGUCCCGAUUUAGGAAUAAGUCUGGCUACCUACGGUACAGCUGCGAGAGCCGGAUCCGGGGUUACCUGAGAGAGGUGAGCUCCUGUGCCCGAGUGCUGGGAGCAGAGGCCCAGGAGGAGUACCUGCGGAUCCUGGAUUCCAUGUGCCAGAAGCUAAAGUCCCAGCAGUACAACGGCAGCUACUUUGACAGAGGAGCCGAGGCUGGGAGCCGUCUUUGUACGCAGGAAGGUUGGUUCUCCUGCCAGGGCCCCUUUGACCUGGAUGGUUGCGCCUCGAAGCACUCCAUCAACCCCUACAGCAACCGGGAGAGCCGGGUCCUCUUCAGCACGUGGAAUCUGGAUCACAUGACGCAGCUGUCGGUGUGCUCAGGGAGGAAGUCCUUCUCACCCUGCUUGUUACCAGGACUCUCCUCGUCUCUGCCAGUUUGCUGGGCUCUUUCUGACACCAAAUUUCCACAUGUGGCUCUCAGCCGUCUGCCUGCUCUCGAACUCUUGGUUAUCUAUUUGGGGUGGCAACGCCACUCUGGGGACACAGCCCAGAACAGAUGCAGAUGGUGGUGGCAGAAGGCCUGGCUUGAGCCAGUGACGGUCCCAAAGGACCCGCUCCAGUUUCAGUGUCAGUGUCUCUCGUUAAGAGAUAAUCUACGUGCUUACGGUUACGUGUGCUGCGUUUUAAUUAAAAGUGUGGAUGUACGACCGGUCAUUAAGAAGAUGGAGGAAUGCUGAUCUGUCUGCCCUCCCCAAACCGUAGCCAUGCCCGGCCCUGAUGCAUGGGGCUCAGGACCGGGUGCACACACAUACGUGUUUAAGAGCUAAGAAACAAGCCUCCCACAGGCACGCUCUCCGGGCUCCGGCCCGCUGCAGGUUGGAGAGGAAUGGGGCUUUUCAGAGGUCUGGAGCAGAGGUGCCCACGAAGCAGGGCGUCCAUCCCUGCCCCUCCUCCCCGCCCUCACCAGCUCCUGCUGAGGCUCCCCGUUCACGACUUUGUACCUCGUAUUCUGAGGAAGGUGUCAGGCGCUGUUUCUUAGCAUGGGUGUAGUGCAGCCCUGGAGUUGAGCAUCUGUGCUUCUAGAGGUCUUAGUUUUCUUCACGACGUCACUCUUGAUGCAUGAGUCAACAGCCUGUGGUUUCCAGAGACGUCUCUGUGGUUGUUUCAAGCCUUGUCCUGUCCUCGACGGUCCCGCGUCACAGCCCAUUUGCUGUGACUGGCCGAGAUGCCUCAUGGGCACGCUCUUGCUGAGCCUUUGCUGGACCCUGGUCCCCAGCUUCCCCAGGCACCUCUGCACCUUCCCACGUGCUGGGAGGUCAGCCAGGUUGAGGCUGUUGUUUUUGUCCAGUCUGAGACUCCUGUGUUGGCCCCGCAGUGGCGCUCUCUGCUGACGGCGAGCUCGGGCGCACUCGUUGCCUGAGUCCAGGACAGUGUUGGUCCACGGUGGCUGUGUGCUCAGCGUUUGUGGAAUAUUUGUCACGUGGACGAGUGGGUUUGAGCUCGUCCCAGCUGCCUUACUCGGAGCUCCCUGCCCACGCACCCUCUGCGCUUUGCGGGUCUCACCGCGCUUUCCGUUGCUGCCCUUGGGUGCAUGGCACGCAGGUGCUCAGUCCUGUCCUCUUGUGGCGCCCCUCGGUACCUUAACGCCCACGGUUGACGUCACUGCCCGCGCUCUCUGCACGCUCUUCUCCUUUGGGCCACUGUUCUGGCCAGUGUCCUGUACAUCACCCGGAGACCAGCUGCUCCUCAGCCUCCUGCGCUCUGUGUCUCAUGCUGGCCUUUGCUGCCUGCCGAUGGAGGUGGGCCUGACGCUUCUCUAUCAAGGUGCAAGGAGUGGACCUGUCUUGCACGUGUCUGUCACACACUGAGUCCUGUCGACAGGCGUCCGCCUUCAGUGCCUGAAGAGCGAUGCUGCUGUCCCCCGGCACCUGCCUCAGUGGCGUUGGCUCGGCUGGUCUGGCUUUCUGCCUUCUUGCUGGUGGUUUCAGUUCUUUCUCCUAAAAAUGAUGUGUCCAGUGUGCGUCUUCCCCUUGGCCCUGGCUGGGACGCAUGUUCUUCGUUCUGAAGGAGGCUCUUCUCCAGUCUUGGGGUUGCCGUGCGUUUCUUAGGUACCAAGCGGCUGAGUGUUGGGCCUUCUCGUUUUGCCCUCCUGGUGCAGACUGCUCUUUCACGGUCCCACCCUGCGGUGCUGCGCUCGGCUGCUUCCUGCUGUGGACUGAAUCAGCACCCUGAAGGUUCACACUGCAGCUCUGUCCCCGUGUGCCUGCAUCUCUGCAGAUAGGGUCACGGGUGGGGAGUGUCAUUCAGCAGGACGUGUCCUUUGAGGAAGAAGAUUGCCUGCUCUCUCUUGCCCAUGGUGAGAAGCUGGCCGUCUGCAGCAGGAAAUGGCCUCUGACCAGGAAGACCAGACCUGGGGCUUUGGCCUUGGGCUUCCAGCCCUUAGAGCUGGGCAGGACAGUCUGCAGGUCAGCUCCACCCCCCGCAGUCUGCGGCAGUGCCCUUCAGUCUGGCCCUGCGGCUCCAUGCUGUUCUGCCUGCCCUCUGUGGAUCAUGUCCUUCUUAGAAGCAAGUUUAGGACUCUUUAAAAAAUAGACUUGUUUUACUGCAGAGUUUUCAUGAUUUCUGUUUCAUCACUCCCACUGUCCAUUGCAAGCAUAUUUACCUCAUGGUUGUGUGGUGAAGAAUCAACCUUGUUCAGAGAGAAGGCUGGCAUGUGUACCUGACCCUUGGGAGGUGACCACUGAGCCCUUGGAAUGUCCUGCCUGGUACUGUCUUUGCUUACCUGGGGGCAUGGGCCACAGAUAGGGUAAUGGUGUGAUUUGGGGUGUUACCAGCCUGACCUCUGGAGGGACCGGGGACUGGGGUCAGCUGUGGCUGUGUGAAAGGGCCCAGCAGACUGCUCCUGAGGCUUGGGUGUGUUCCCGGGUGGCACUGCUGCAGGCGCGCCCGGCUGGAGGAGCGGGUCUGCCCCGUCUGCCUCCUCCCUGCUGACUCCAGGUGGUAGCCUCAGCCGUGGUGACCCAGAGCCACGUGGUGUCCCAGAGCUGUGUCCGCGGGGCUGGGAGUCGUCUUAGUAAAUCACCAAGUUGGAGGGUGGUCCCAGGAUGCCCCGCACCCUCAGGGACUGCUCAGACAGCCGUGGGGGACGACGCUGCUUGUCCCCGUGCUUCUGCUGGUGGGAGCCUCCCUGGGCACACCCCGUGCGUGGGCCUGUUGGCCUCUGGAGCCUGUGCACUCGUUCACCACGACACCAGGGUCUUCAGUUCCUGGAGCAAGGUCAUACUGUUCCCUGUCUGCCGUCACCCAGCCCCGUCGGAGUGUUCAUCUGGACUCGGUGCCCAUGUGACAGCCUGAGGCUGGGUGACUGGGAGAUGGGUACAGUUCACACUCCGGCACC